GAAAUGAACAAUGCAACAUUGUGGAGAGAUUUCACCCUGACAGGACUCCAACAUCAACCAGAGUGGCAGAUCCCGCUGUUCCUGGUGUUCCUAGCAAUAUACCUCACCACGAUGGUGGGGAAUCUUGGUCUCAUUACUCUCAUCAUGAAUGACCCUCACCUUCACAUACCCAUGUAUUAUUUCCUUGGGAAUUUAGCUUUUGUAGAUGUUUGGCUGUCAUCCACUGUGACACUAAAGAUGCUGGCUAACAUAGUAGAGAAACAUAGUGUGAUAUCUUUCAAUGAGUGCAUGAUACAGUUUUUCUCCUUUGUAGUCAGUGCAACAACAGAAUGUUUUAUCCUGGCAGCAAUGGCUUAUGAUCGCUAUGCUGCCAUAUGCAAACCUUUGCUUUACCCACUGAUUAUGACCACUAGACGUUGCAUAUAUCUACUAGUGUUAUCAUUUGUAGGUGGCUUUCUUCAUGCCAUAAUUCAUGAAAGUUUUCUAUUCAGAUUAACCUUCUGUAAAUCCCACAUCAUACAUCACUUUUAUUGUGAUGUCAUACCACUGACGAAGAUUUCCUGUACUGAUCCUGCUAUUAAUUAUCUAAUGCUUUUCAUUUUCUCUGGUUCAAUACAAGUUUUCAGCAUUGUUACUAUUCUUAUCUCUUAUACACUUGUUCUCCUUACUAUUUUAAAAAAGAAGUCUGAAAAGGGGGCAAGCAAAGCUUUUUCCACCUGUGGAGCCCAUCUUCUUUCUGUGUCUUUAUACUAUGGCCCUCUACUCUUCAUGUAUGUGCACCCAGCGUCUUCACAAGCAGGUGACCAAGAUAUGAUCUUCUCUCUGUUUUACACAGUCAUAAUCCCUGUGCUAAAUCCACUAAUAUAUAGCCUGAGAAAUAAGCAAGUCAUAGGUUCAUUGAGAAAGAUGUUAAGAAAUAAAUCUUAG